AUGGAGGUGCGACAACUUAUCGCACCCAGCUCGCCUUCCAAGGCGGGCUCCGGCUCCCUGAACUCAGGAUGCACUUCCUUCAACCUGCCCGAAGGAGGCGUCAUCAACAUUCCGGGCCAGGACCCUAUCACACUCACCGCGGACGCCGCGUACCGGCCAAUGUGUGACCAAACCACAUCGCCCAUCAUCAUCGCCAACCCAGGCGUCACGAUGGAAGAGACUGCCGGGUCUUCCGACAUCACUAAUAUAGCAUAUUCAGACUUCCGGGAUCCCUUCUACGCCUCCACCUUCCCGCAAUGUUAUGCCCUCGCCGCGACGACCGUCAUCGCAUAUACGUUGGUCAUUAUGCUGUUCAUCACACCAAGGUCGUUCCUCGAUGGCGGUGUGGUCGUGCUGGGGAGGAGGAGCUUCACGGACGGUGGCACUGGAGGCACCAACAUCGGAGGUCGUCCCUGGCUCCAGAAGGUGGCAGCCUUGUUCGUCGCCAUCUCCUUGACCAUCGCCACCGUCGACACGUUUCGCGUUGCCGAACAACAGUACUCGCAAGGGAUCCAGAAUGCCGAAGUUCUGCAGCAGGAAGUCUUGGGAGGCACAGAACUCAAGGUCAUCCGGAUAAUAUCUGAGGCCUUCCUUUGGCUUGCCCAGGCCCAGACGCUCAUCAGGCUCUUCCCUCGCCGGCGAGAAAAGAUCAUCAUUAAGUGGACCGCCUUCGCACUGAUCGCCCUGGGCGUCAUCUUCGACUCGCUCAACAGCUUCCUGUACACCAACCAAGGAUCUCUCCGACCUCGGUCCUUCACCGAUGCCAUUCCCGCCCUCAGCUAUCUAUUCCAGCUGUCUCUUGGAGUUCUGUAUGCUGCUUGGGUGAUUUAUUAUUCCAUCAUGAAGAAGCACUAUGCGUAUUAUCACCCACAGAUGCGCAACAUGUGCCUGGUAGCUCUGCUUUCAGUGCUGGCUGUCCUUGUUCCCGUCGUCUUUUUCAUUCUCGACAUUAGGAAACCAGACUUCACUGGCUGGGGUGACUAUGUCCGCUGGGUUGGCGCUGCCGCAGCCAGUGUAAUUGUGUGGGAAUGGGUGGAGCGGAUAGAGGCAUUGGAGAGAGAAGAGAAGAAGGACGGAAUAUUGGGACGAGAGGUCUUCGAUGGAGACGAGAUGGUGGGACUGUCAGCCUCGGAAUUCGGAUGGCCCCGAAAGAGGAGGAAUACGAAACGCGAUGACGACGACGACGAUGCCCCCGACGGUGGCGAGAGUGGGCAAAUGCAGGCACGCGAUAACCAGCCAACUGCCGCCUCGAGUAGUAACCCGUGGCCGAUAGUGACGUCGCUUGCGAGUCGAUACCGACAGAAGUCGAGGUCAAAAUCCGGUGAGGAUUCGCGCGAAAACGGAAACAGCACACGUGCUCCGAACAUCCGCUUCCUGCAGCCACCCUUGUGGCCGUCCCGACCGCCGCCUGCUGUCACUCCAAUUUCCCGGACCGAUACAGCAAGCGCGGACAGCACCGUAUACGCUGUCCGCUACCACCCUAUGUCUGAGACAUCUGGAACGAAUACCGAACCAUUUCCCGAAACCUACUCAACGCCUUUGCCACCAGUCGUGCCCGAGAUUCACGAGCCUAGCAUUCGUACGGAGGAUCCAGAGAGUCGGCCUGAACAUCGCGGAGCAGACGUUGACAGGAUAUCAGCCGCUACACCUGAGCCUUCGGUGACGCCCAGCCAAUCUGCCAGCCAAGUCGCCGGACGUGCGAAUCAGGCUUCGAACCCUCCUACCAGUCAAGCUCCCAGCAGCUCGAACAACUACCGCGUGCGGGCUCUUAGCCAGGCUAGUCAGCUCUUCCGAAAGCCGUCGAAGUCGAACAUGUCGACCGAAGGGUCCCACAAAGUCAGCCAGCCGAGUCCGCAGGAGGCUAGCAACAGCAGUCGCUGGGAUUUUAGGUCGCGCUUUGAGGACUUCGCUGUUUCCCAAGCGGACAGGCUGCGGGACCGCAUCCGGCCCAAUAUGGACACGGAGAGCUUGCCCGUGACGGUCAUUCCGGCACCGCCACGGCGAGGCACCGGACUGCAGCAGUUGAGGGAGGAGCAAUCACAUGAAAGCCAACCACGAUUAGCACCGCCUGCGCUGCAGAUCCAGACGUCGAGCAGCAACGUCACCCAGAGGACGUCGCCGCCGGACUCGGGACCAGUAUCACCGCGGCUGUGGAGGAGCAACAGCGGCGCGUCUGCUGCUGUGGUGUCGCCUCUGACAGCGGAUGAGGCAAGUGGGCCACCACCGAGCGAGCCACUGUCUCCAAUAGCCGCGGGCAAGAGACCUGCUGCUGGUCCGAAUCACCCAUGA